UCUCAGACGUAGCAGGCCACUCUUAUCAAAUUUUCUCUUCCCCGAACAAUUUUCCCGAGAAAAUAUUCUCUGAUUUUCUGAGCGCCUAUCUGAAUGAGACCGUGUCGGUAACGAUGUCACUCAGAAGGUCAUUUCUGUCGCGAAGGAUCAGUAGUCGGUCCUUCGCGCUCUCCAAAUCGGUCAAGGGGCUCAAAACCCUAGAAAAUGUGCAAAUCGAGCAGAAAAUGGAUGGCAGUGGAGGGCUGGAAGAUGGCGACGGCGACGGCGACGGCGACGUGUCCUGGUCGACGAUGCUGCCGGAGCUGCUCAGAGAGAUCAUACAGAGAGUCGAGGCGAGCGAGGAUCGGUGGCCGAUUCGGAAUACCGUCGUCGCUUGCGCUUGUGUGUGCAAGAGGUGGAGAGGCGUCACCAGAGAGAUUGUUAGGUCUCCGCUUCAAAGUGGCAAGAUCACGUUCCCCUCUUGCCUCAAACAGCCGGGCCCCCGGGACUCUCCUCUCCAGUGUCUUAUACGGCGGAACAAGAAGAACUCAACAUUUUACCUUUAUCUUGGUCUCACACAAUCUUUUACAGACGACGGAAAGUUUCUUCUAGCAGCACGAAGGUACAGACACGGUGCUCAUACUGAGUAUAUUAUAUCACUUGAUGCGGAUGACAUAUCGCAAGGAAAUAAUGCCUAUGUUGGAAAGCUGAGUUCGGAUUUCCUUGGCACCAACUUUACAAUCUACGACAGUCAGCCCCCCCACAAUGGUGCAAAGCCCUCAGGCAGCAGAAGUAGCCGCCGUUUUGCCAGCAAGCAGGUGAGUCCCCAGGUCCCUGCAGGUAACUUCGAGGUUGGACAUGUCUCCUACAAGUUUAACCUCUUGAAAUCAAGAGGUCCUCGGAGAAUGGUAUGUUUGCUUAAGUGUACAUGUUUGGGGGAAACAGAAAUCAAGCCUGAGCACAAUUCUAGGAUGAAAAACCCAGAGUCAUCUCCUGGCGAAUGCACCAUUCUAAGAAACAAAGCUCCAAGAUGGCACGAGCACUUGCAGUGCUGGUGCUUAAAUUUCCAUGGCAGGGUGACAGUGGCAUCUGUUAAGAACUUCCAACUGGUAGCAACAAUGGAUCAGAGCCAGCCAGGAGGGAAAGGUGACGAGGAAACAGUUCUUCUCCAGUUUGGUAAAGUAGGAGACGAUACAUUCACAAUGGAUUAUAGGCAGCCCUUGUCUGCAUUCCAGGCGUUUGCCAUUUGCCUCACCAGCUUUGGUACGAAACUGGCAUGCGAGUAACGCAUUCUCUGCUUGUCGGUGUAGUAUCCAGGAAUGAAGCUAAGCUGGUACAGACGUUUGUUCUAAUGUUUCGUUAUCAUACAUGGUGGCUUUCCACGCAAGAACCUUACAUUCUAUGUACAUGUUGGUGUUGUAUUUUACUUACACUACGACUUGGGCUUUGUUACCGAUUCCUACUUCCCGCAAAACAAUUACGGACCACCUGGUGUUCUAUUGAAUGCAUAUGUUUAGUUAAGUCAAUAAAUUGAA